CCAGAAAUAUUUUGAUUUUGUGUAGUCUUGCCCUGAUGUUGAUUUUUGGUUCCUGGUAGGGGAAUAUUUGGGGUGUUUCUUGUGUUUAUGGCAGGAUUCAGAUGUAGUUACAGCAUACACCUAAAUGUGUUAAGAUGGAUUUGGAUGCCAAAAUAAAGGAAUUUUCUGAUGGCAAGAACACUGCAACACACAUCAUUUCUUCAGCUGUCCCAGAUAUUUGUAAAUCUGAGCCCUGCAUGCUGGGCAUUGAUGAGGCAGGCAGAGGACCAGUGCUGGGACCAAUGGUGUAUGGCUGUGCAUACUGCCCAGUCAGUAAGCUGGCUGAACUGAAAGCCCUGAAGUGUGCAGACUCUAAGACUCUGAGUCUGGAGGCGAGGGAGAAGCUUCUCAUCUUGCUCAAUGAUAGUGGUGACUUCCUCGGUUGGGAGGUGGAAAUCCUCUCUCCCAGCUUUAUCUCACGGAACAUGUUCAAAAGGUCCAAAUACAACCUCAACUGGAUGUCGCACGACGCGGCCAUCGCGCUCAUCGCCCGCUGUCGAGAGGCGGGCGUCAAUGUCACCGAGGUGUACGUGGACACGGUCGGGCCGCCCGAGAAGUACCAGGCCAAGCUGGAGGCGCGUUUCCCCGGCCUGAAGAUCACCGUCAGCAAGAAGGCCGACGCGCUCUUCCCAACCGUGUCGGCGGCCAGCAUCUGCGCCAAGGUGGUGCGCGACCGCGCGCUGGCCCACUGGACCUGCCCCGAGAAGAUGGAGGUGGACGUGGCUGCGCUGGGCAGCGGCUACCCCGCCGACCCGCAGACGAAGCGGUUCCUGGCGUCCAGCCUGGACCCGGUGUUCGGCUUUCCCAGUCUCGUGCGCUUCAGCUGGUCCACCUGCCAGACCAUCCUGGACACGUCGGCCGUCGGCGUGCAGUGGGAGAAGCCGGACGACGAGAACGCGGCGGCGCGCGACACGCCGUCAGUGGCCGCUCUGUUCGGCGGCCAGGGCGCGCGCCACGUGUUCUUUACGGAGCGCCAUCUGCGCCCGGCGCCGCCACUCUGACACGCCGACUCGUGCGCGGCUGGCACUCGCGCCGGUCCCCAGCGCUGGUGGGCGGCACACUGCGAGGACAGGGGGUGACGCAGACUCGUUGAACGGUGGGAGGGGAGCGGCCGGGAGGGCGCUGCGGUGUUGGUCUCGGAGCUGAGGGGGUGUGGUCGGGCCUUUAUACAGGCGUGGCGAGCGAGUGCGCCGUAUUCCUUGUCCUGGUGUUUGCAGCGCUGUUUGAAGGCUUGUCGUCCCAAGAAAAGCGCCGCUUUUUACAUCGCAUUUUUGUGUUGCUGGGUCGCAUGGAAAACCCCGGACCCUGAGUUGUCAACAGAAGACAAUCGCUUCCGUGAAAAGGUGCUUUUGUGAAUGCUGAGUGCACGCCACUGAAAUGAACUGCAGAAUGAGCGUGGCUUUUGACUGAAUAAAAUGCCGUGAACUUGGGUGCGCCUUGCGUGCUCGGUAUCCGUGCAGAUUCCGCG